AUGUUUUGUUCAAUACAAGAGGGAUCUCAUCCACUAUUCUUCGAGUGGACACGAAAUGGACAACAAAUUAAGUCCAGUCCUGACGUCAACUAUAAGAUAGAGAGCUCUAAGAAGUUCUCCACAUUUACUAUCGAUGAGAUCACAAGAAGUGAUUCCGCGAACUAUACAUAAUCGGCGCCUAAACUAACACCUCUUGUCAGUCCUCGCACUCAGACUGAGGGCUCGUAUUUUGAUAUGUUUUGCUCAAUACAUGAGGGAUCGCUUCCAGUGUUCUUCGAGUGGUCACGUAAUGGACACCAAAUUAAGUCCAGUCCUGACGUCAACUAUAAGAUUGAAAACUUUGACCGCUUUUCGACGUUUGCUAUCAAAAAGAUUGACCGAAAAGAUGUGGCAAACUAUACAUGUGUUGCCAGCAAUACGUUUGGCUCCGAUUCCCAAACGGUUAUGCUUUUGAUUAAAGAGUCGGGAUCUCUUCCCGUAUUCUUCGAGUGGUCACGAAAUGGACAAACGAUUAAAACUAAUUCCGAAUCUCAUUAUAAGAUCGAAAAUUCGGACCGAUUUUCAGCAUUUUCUAUCAAACAGAUUGACCGAAAAGAUGAGGCAAACUAUACAUUUCCCAAAUUAUCACCAAUUGUUAACCACAGGAGUCAAAGCCAGGGCUCAUACUUUCAGAUCACGUGUACUGUUCAGGAAGGAUCUCAACCCCUAUUCUUUGAGUGGUCUAAAAAUGGACAUCAAAUUAAGUCCAGUCCUGACGUCAACUAUAAGAUUGAAAAUUACAAAAUGUUUUCCACGUUUACUAUUGAGAGGAUUGAGCGAAAAGACGGCGCAAACUAUUCCUGUGUAUUACGAAAUGCUUUUGGAUCCGACACUCAAUCCAUUGUACUCUCAAUCAAAGUUCCCAAACUAACACCAAUUGUAAACCACAAGAGCCAGACUUUGGGCUCAUAUUUUCAUACAGUGUGUGCCGUAGAGAAGGGAUCGUUUCCCGUAUUCUUCGAGUGGUCACGAAAUGGUCAGACACUCAAAACCAGUCCCGAAGUUAACUAUAAGAUAGAGAGCUCUAAGAAGUUCUCCACACUUACUAUCGAUGAGAUCACAAGAAGUGAUUCCGCGAACUAUACAUUUCCCAAAUUGGAUCCGUUGUAUAAUAAGAGUCAGAGCGAGGGCUCAUAUUUGCAGAUCACGUGUACUGUUCAGGAAGGAUCUCCUCCUCUAUUCUUCUUAUGGUCUCGAAAUGGACACCAAAUUAAGUCCAGUCCUGACGUCAACUAUAAGAUUGAGACAUCUUUGAGGUCCUCUACCCUUAGUAUUGAAACAAUCGAUAGAAACGAUUCCGCAAACUAUACAUGUGUUGUGAGAAAUGCCAUCGGAUCUGAUACUCAAUCGGUUGUCCUUACAAUUAAAGUGCCAAAACUAAUGCCAUCGUUGGCUGCGAUAAACCAAACGGAAGGCACAUAUUUUCAGGUGUUUUGCACAGUAAGGGAGGGCUCGACACCACUUUCCUUCCAGUGGGCCAGAGAUGGACAGACACUUAAGUCCGGCCCCGGAGUUGACUAUAAGAUUGAAAACUUUGAAAUGUAUUCAACGUUUACUAUAAGAAAGAUCGACAGAAGAGAUGUCGGAAACUAUACGUGUGUUGUGAGGAACGGCGCCGGGAGUGACAGGCAAUCGGUUUUGCUGUUUAUUAAAGUGCCAAAAUUAGUGGCAUUUCCUAAUAGAGUGCAGACAUUGGGCUCAUAUUUUCAAGUGUUUUGCACAAUACAAGACGGAUCCCUUCCUCUGGUAUUUGAGUGGUCCAGAAAUGGACAGAAACUCAAAUCCAGUGCUCAUCUAAACUAUAAGAUUGAAAACUUUGACAGACAUUCAACGCUUACUAUUGCAAGCAUUGAGAGGACAGAUGUCGGCAAUUAUACAUGUCUUGUGACCAAUACGUUGGGAACCGAUAGACAAGGCUUUGACUUAUCCAUCAGAGCCCUAAAACUGACGCCACUAUUGAGCCCAAGAACUCAAAACGAGGGCUCAAUGUUUCAGAUGACUUGUCCCGUACAGGAGGGCAGUCCUCCCCUAUUCUUUGAAUGGCUAAUCAAUGGACAAAUUGUUAAAUCAAAACCUGAUGUCAAUUAUAAAAUUGAAAAUUUUAAGAAAUACUCCACUUUUACUAUCGAUGAGAUCCAGAGGAAUGAUUCCGCGAACUAUACGUGUAUUGUUAGAAAUGCAUUGGAAAGCGACACACUCAAAUUGACUCCUCUAUUGAGUCCCAGGACUCAAAGCAUUGACUCGUAUUUUCAGAUCACAUGUACGAUGCAAGAGGGAAGUCCUCCCCUCUUCUUCGAGUGGGUUAUCAAUGGACACACCGUUAAGUCCAGUCCUGACGUCAACUAUAAGAUUGAAAAUUACAAAAUGUUUUCCGCGUUUACUAUUGAGAAGAUAACGAGAAGCGAUUUCGCGAACUAUACGUGUAUUGUUAGGGAUUCUGUGGGAAGUGACAGACAAACCGUUUUGCUUACAAUCAAUGCCCUAAAACUGACGCCACUUUUGAGUCCAAGAACUCAAUCCGUGGGCUCAGUAUUACAGGUGACCUGUGCUAUACAAGAGGGAAGUCCUCCCCUAUUCUUCGAGUGGGCUAUCAAUGGACACACCGUUAAGUCCAGUCCUGAUGUCAACUAUAAAAUUGAAAAUUUUAAGAAAUACUCCACUUUUACUAUCGAUGAGAUCCAGAGGAAUGAUUCCGCGAACUAUACGUGUAUUGUUAGGGAUUCUGUUGAAAGUGAUAGACAAUCCGUUUUGCUUACAAUCAAUGCACCGAAAUUGAGUUCUGGUUUAACCCAUAAGAACCAAUCCAUUGGAUCCAUGUUUAAAAUGCUAUGUUCUCUCGAAGAGGGAUCAGUUCCAGUGUUCUUCGAGUGGUCCAGAAAUGGACAGACAAUCAAAUCAAAGCCUGACGUGAAUUAUAAGAUCGAUAAUUUUGAGGAUCACUCGACACUUACCAUGAGAUCCAUUGAUAUGUCUGAUGUCGGGAACUAUACGUGUGUUGUUAGCAAUGAAUUUGGAUCUAAUAGUAGAUCUAUUUUACUAUCAAUUAAUGCUCUUAAACUCACCCCAUUGUAUCCGAGACAACAGAAUGAGGGCUCAAUGUUUCAGAUGACUUGUCCCGUACAGGAGGGCAGUCCUCCCCUAUUCUUCGAGUGGCUAAUCAAUGGACAAAUUGUUAAAUCAACACCUGAUGUCAACUAUAAGAUUGAAAAUUUCAAAAAAUACUCCACUUUUACAAUCGAUGAGAUCCAGAGGAAUGAUUCCGCGAACUAUACGUGUAUUGUUAGGGAUUCUGUUGGAAAUGAUAGACAAACCGUUUUAUUAACAAUCAAUGUCCCAAAACUAACGCCUCAAUUGAACUCAAGAACCCAUUCUGAGGGCUCAUACUUUCAGAUCACAUGUACAGCACAGGGAGGAUCUCCUCCUCUGUUCUUCGAGUGGUCACAAAAUGGACACCAAAUUAAGUCCAGUCCUGACGUCAACUAUAAGAUUGAAAACUUUGAAAUUUAUACGAAUUCUUCUUCAGUACCCAAAUUGGGUUAUUCUGUGAGUCAUAAGACACAGACUAUUGGCUCAAUAUUUCAUAUAACGUGUUCAUUAGAAGAGGGAUCUCUUCCCGUGUUCUUCGAGUGGUCCAGAAAUGGACAGUCACUCAAAUCCAGUCCUGAUGUUAACUAUAAGAUUGAAAACUUUGAAAUGCAUUCAACUUUUAUUAUAAAGACGCCAAAUCUGGCCAAACAUGUGUCCCAUAAGACACAACCCAUUGGAACCUACUUUCAGAUAUUCUGUAACUUAGAGUCGGGAUCUUUGCCCGUGUUUUAUGAGUGGUUCCGAAAUGGACAGACACUCAGGUCGGGUCCGGAUGUCAACUAUAAGAUUGAAAACUUCAAGAAAUUUUCCACAUUUUCUAUCGAUGAUAUCGGAAGAAGUGAUUCCGCGAACUAUACAUUACCCAAAUUGAGUUAUUCUGUGAGCCAUAAGACACAGACUAUUGGCUCAAUAUUUCAUAUAACGUGUUCAUUAGAAGAGGGAUCUCUUCCCGUGUUCUUCGAGUGGUCCAGAAAUGGACAGACACUCAGAUCCAGUCCUGAUGUUAACUAUAAGAUUGAAAAUUUUAAAAAGUUUUCCACUUUCUCUAUCGAUGAGAUCACAAGAAGUGAUUCCGGAAACUAUACAUGA